AUGGCCACCGAUCAGAUUCAGUAUCCUGCCGGUAACGUGACAUGGCAGGUGCUCAACCAUGCCAAUGUGCACGACUACGCCGUCGGAGCUUAUAAUUGCUACAAUACCGAUGGCGUCAUGGCGGUAAUUCGUGCAGCGGAGCAGAAGCGCUCGGCAGCAAUCAUUCAGCUCUUCCCCUGGACAAUGCAUUUCCAAGGCCCUGAAUUCAUCCGAUAUGUCGUCAAUGCUGCACAUGCUACGACGGUCCCAAUAGCAGUUCACCUGGACCACUGCAUCAAGCCCGAGGACGUGGAACUGGCCUUGACGCUGCCCUUUGAUUCAAUUAUGGUGGAUGCAUCUACAGAAGACGAAGAAGAGAACAUUCGCCGUGUGAAGGCUGUUGUAGAACGGGCGAGAGCUCUCAAUAUCACUAUUGAAGCGGAGAUGGGCCGUAUCGAGGGUGGUGAGGAUGGUCUGCCCUCGGUGGACAUGGAAUCUGUGAUGACCCGCCCCGAAGAGGCUGAGACUUUUGUUCGCGAGACGGGAAUUCAGUUCCUGGCUCCCUCCUUUGGAAAUAUCCAUGGCGGUUAUCCGGAAGGCGGUGCAGAGAAGUCUUGGGACCUACCUCGCCUCGAAGCCAUCGGCAAAUUGGUCUCCCAUAACACCCCACUGGCUCUUCAUGGAACCCAUCCUGUUUCCGAUGAGCUGUUCCAGAAGACUAUCCCACUCGGCGUCCGUAAAAUUAACCUCAACCGUACCGUCCGGGAUGAUUACACCGAGUUCGUUGCCAAGAACGCCGGCUCCCUGGAGCUGACUGUUCUUUCAGUGCAGGGCGUCGAUAUUUACACCAAGUCCGUUGAGAGGAUGAUGGAUGUUCUGGGGUCAUCUGGACGUUAUUAG